UCAAUUGAGGGUAGACGUAACUUUUAUCAGGUGAACAUUGUCAGUAACAUCACAAUGGACAGACGGUAUUUCUCUACUUUCCGGAUAGCGACAACCGCGCCAUUAUUAAAGUAAUCGUGAGGGUAGAUUGUCCAGUUCCGGUAAUAUAACCAACGAAAAAGUCCCCGCUUAUCCAAAGCGGCUUCUCAUAUCAAUGAAAAGCAGUCUCUAGUCGGGAUUGUUCCGGUCAGUUAUCGCUGUGAUUUUGAAAAUAUAAUAGCUCUCGUUUAUUAUGGCUCAGUUGGCUUCGGGGUGUUGAGGUUUCUUGUAGAAGUAAGCGUACUCGUGAUCCUGGUAAAUUUGACUGAGCGGAUUCACUUGGGCUAUCGUUCGUGCGGUUGUUCCUGAACGAUCAGAGUUGCCAUGUUGACGAGGGGAAAGGUUAAACUGAAUUGAUCGAAGACUUCGCGGAUGGAAGCCAGUGCGAAUAAUUUUGCACGUAUGAAAAUGAGCGGCGAGAUGUUUGAGGGGAAGGAUUAUCCGACCCAGUGGGCGCUUAAUCCUUCCGCCUAUCAAAAUAUGAGUAAUGACCAAGUUGAUUGGGCAGCUUUGGCACAGCAAUGGAUAAAGAUGAAAGAAACCGUUGUACCUCCUGCACCUCCACCACCACCAAGCAUUGAUACUUCUCCGACAGUGAACGAUGGUGGUGGUGAAGCACCUAUGGAUAUGGAUACAAAGGAUGACGAGGUGCCUCCAGCACCUCCUGCCCCAAACAUUAGUGGUUCAGAUGCCUGGAAUCAGUGGAAUCAGUGGAGUCAGUGGGGAUCACCUGGAACUGGAUCAGGAAAUUGGGAAUGGAGCGGGGUACCUCCUCCAGGAGUUACCAUGGGACCUGAUGGUAAACCUAUAGGAAUUCCUACAGUUCCUGUAGUUCCUCCAGCUCCUGCUAUUUCCACUACUACAGGAUUCACUGUUCCACCUCCAGCAGCACCACCUCCAUAUGCAUACAAUUCUGUACCACCUGCUCAGUCCUACAAUCAGGUCCCUGGUUACUGGACUAGUGAUCAGCCAGGUAUAGUGCCUCCGCAACCCCAACCAUUUAUGAAAGGGAUGCGACAUUCGAAUAGAAUGCCAAAUGUACGGGGUAUUGAUGUAAUGAGAAAUAGAGAGGACAGGGAGAAAACUCCAGAAGAGGACACGAGCACAACCAUAGACGCUGCUAAACGAAGGCAAUUACCUGCAUGGAUACGUGAGGGUCUGGAGAAAAUGGAGCGAGAAAAACAAAAGGCUGUUGAAAGGGAGAGGCAGGAAAUCCUGCGAAAGCAAGAGAUAGAAGCGCGUAAGCAAGCUGAGGAGGAAGCACGCGCCGUAUUAAAUCCCAGCAAAAGCAAAUUUGAUACGGAUAGCGAAGAAGAAGCCGAACAAGAGGCCGAUGGAGGGUCUCACGAAAAGGAAAUCGAAAAAGAUCAUCCCCGUAGUCCUGAGGUGGUAAUAAGACCAAGAAGGUCUCGUUUUCGCGAUGCAGAUUCACCGGAUACUCACUCAACCACAGAAGAGCCUCCACCAUCGUCCACCAUUUCUAUACCUCCUAAGCGCACACGGGAAGAGCUGCUCCAGGAGGUGAUGCUGAAGGUUCGGAGAUCCCUGACGGAGAUCUUGCUGGAAGUAACGAACGAAGAAAUAAGUUCGGUCUGCCGAGAGGUUUGGAGCCGCGCCCGUGCCAAAGGACAGCCCCCAGUCGCAUCCCUGAACAACACGGCCCCUCUUGCUCAGAUCACUCGGAAGCUCGGUCUGGGCAUCUACGGGGACAGCAACAGCGAGACUGAGGACGAGCCUAGCCAGGAUGAGGAACCCCAGGAUGAUGACAGCGACGAGGAGCUCAAGGAGACCCUGAGACGGCGACAGCAGGCUUUUAAAAAGACAGAGGAGGAGAUAGAGGCGCGCCUCGCUGAGGAGGAAGAACGAGACUCUCAUCACCAGGAAGAGACCUUGUCUAAGCAACAGGAAAAUCAUACUGGUAAUACUAGCUGCCGUGAUUCAGUUGAUGAGAAAGAAACGAUAAAUAAUCAGAGAGAAGCGUCAGAGACUCUAUCGAGUGGCGGACAGACACCGCAGAGACAGAGUGUCACGACAACGACAGACACCACCGCCAAGGCGAGUUCUUCGCCUUCGAGAUCAGCGGAGGAUACGGCAUCGACAAGCACGUCAUCUUCGAGUUCAAGAGACUCGAGUCGUAGUACACCUAAGCGUGGUGGCAAUAAGAAGCCAAAGGAUGAGCGAAGAAAGAAGAGAUCUAGGAGUCGCAGUAAGGCACGAAGUAAGCGUUCUGGGUCGUCUGACAGACGAAAGCGGAAGUCCAGAUCGCCAAAGGGUUUCCGUUCCCGAUCCUCAAGUAGCUACAGAUCUGGAAAAAAACACAGCUCCAGGACGAGAGAUUGGAAGCGACAAAGAUCUCGCUCGCGUGGACGGCGUUCCAGAUCUGGUUCUGAAAAAUGGUCCAGAUCACGAUCGGGUGGCAAAAGACGGCGAUCCAGGUCUUAUUCCAGGGAAAGAAAGAGGAGCAGGUCCAGGUCAUUGAGAAGAAGUAGAUCCAGGACCAGAGAUAGACGGAGAUCGCGAUCCAGAUCCAGGAGACGAUCUCGCAGUAGAACCAGGGAACGGCAGAGGCGCUCAAGGUCCUACGGUUCCAGGAGUAAGAGGAAAAGUAGAUCCAGAUCGCGCGAUCGUCGAAGGUCCAGGUCCAAGUCUCGUCACAGCCAUCGUGAUGGUAAGAAGUCGUCACAGCGAUACAGGGACUGAGCUUCUGUCCAUCCUCCAUAGCCAAGGUUGUAUCUACGUUUUGCUACUAUAUAUGAUUACACGGAUUGAUAAAGAUCGGCCAUAUUGGAAUACUGCCACUUUCUCCCUCUUUGUAAAAUCGAUGACGUACAAUAACAAUCGUUUAGGAUUACCAGCUUUUCUGACCAUCUCUAUCAAUCUGUCUGUUUUUUCUUCUUAUACUUCGUGGAAACUGGAGAGAAUCCAAAGUCGGUCGUUCCAUUUUAGAGUUCUCUCUUUAUCUCUCUCGUUAUUAUUUUUUAUUUUUUAUAACUUCCUAUUUAUUUAUUUAUAAACUACUACGUAUCCUGUACCAUGUCAUCAGGCUGGUAGAGGACCUCGCCAAUGAUCCAAGAAUUUCGAAGGGGAUCUGGGAAUUUUCUUUUGUUUCAGCUUCCAAAGCAUUGUCGUUUGGCUUCCCACGAGAUUUGACAAUGAAGCGUUUCCAAUAAUUAAUGAUAAUUAUAACAAUAAUCGUCUCCCACGCUGCGUUUAUCCUAGUACAUUCUACACCACAGUGAUACAAUUAAUUAAUUUCUCAAGUAAUUGUAUUUAGCGCGUUUUCCAUAGAUUUUCUGAUUGAGCCUUCUAAAAUCAAUUUGCUACAUUGUUACUAUUAUUAUUACUAUUACUAGUACUACUAUUUACAAAACUACUAUUGCUAUACUGUUACGACUCGUAAUAUUAGUGAUACUCCUGGAUGGUAAUACUGGAUACCGAUUCUCAACAAUGUGCACACAUUAAGACUCAUUCAGUAGAAAAAAAAAAAAAAAAGAAUAGGGAAAAGAUAAGUGUUUCGACACUUUAUCUUAUUUUAUUUCUCUCGUCCUUUUUACUAUGAAAAGAACAAGAAGCAAUUUUCAAUAAUGUCAGUCGAUUGUUAACACUAUUCCUUGCUCCUUCCGGUGAGAGAUAGAGAGAAAGAAAACUUCAUAGAAACACGUCUUUACGAGAAGGAACGUUGGCAUGGAAUGCGAUGAUUAUGUACAUAAUAAAACAAAAAUUAUAUCUA